AUGAAGCCAACCCAAGCCCUCCUCUCCCUCUUCUCCCUUCUCCCCCUUAUCUCCGCCCUCCCAGCCGCCGUUCCCGAGGCGGACGCACUCCCUGAGGCCCUUCCCGAAGCCGAACCAACCCUCACCGGCCUCUCCGAUCUCCAGGACCUCCAGACCCGGGACCUCGCCAUUCGCGCCCUCGGCGACGCAACCCAGAACGACCUGACCAACGGCUCGCCCUGCAAAGACAUCACUAUCAUCUUCGCACGUGGCACGACUGAGGACGGCAACGUGGGGACGUCGACUGGCCCGCCAUUCUUCGAAGCUCUCGGGCGUCUGGUCGGCCCCAGCAGGGUUGCGGUCCAGGGCGUCAACUAUGCGGCGAAUGUCGGCGGGUUUUUGGCGGGCGGUGAUCGCGCCGGGAGCGCGUUGAUGGCGCAGUUGGCGGCGCGGGCCGUGACGCAGUGCCCGAGGACGAAGUUGGUGUUGGGCGGGUAUAGCCAAGGCGCCCAGGUCGUCCACAAUGCCGCUGCGCAGCUGAGCGCCGCCACCGCGAACUUCGUCAGCUCCGUCGUCACCUUCGGAGACCCAUUCAAGAACCGAGGCUUCGGUAGCAUUCCGUCCAGCAAGGUCAAGAUCUUCUGCAACUGGGGCGACAACAUCUGCGAUGGUGGCGUCUUGGUAUUGUACCCGCAUCUUACGUACCGCAACGACGCCGCUGCCGCUGCUGCUUUCGUCAAGUCGAAGGCUGGGAUAUAA